CGUCCCGGACCCUGCAGCCGCCGCGAUGUUGAUGCCCAAGAAGAACCGGAUUGCCAUCUAUGAGCUCCUUUUUAAGGAAGGAGUGAUGGUUGCCAAGAAGGAUGUCCAUAUGCCCAAACACCCUGAGCUGGCAGACAAGAACGUGCCCAACCUUCAUGUCAUGAAGGCCAUGCAGUCUCUGAAGUCUCGAGGCUACGUGAAGGAGCAGUUUGCCUGGAGACACUUCCAUUGGUACCUUACGAAUGAGGGCAUCCAGUAUCUCCGCGAUUAUCUCCACCUGCCUCCGGAGAUCGUGCCUGCCACCCUGCGCCGCAGUCGUCCCGAAACUGGCAGGCCUCGGCCCAAAGGGCCGGAGGGUGAGCGCCCGGCAAGAUUCACAAGAGGGGAGGCGGACAGAGACACCUACAGAAGGAGUGCUGUGCCCCCUGGUGCUGACAAGAAAGCCGAGGCCGGGGUCAGCCACCACAGUGAGCUUGAAGACUGUUGUUUGGAAUAUACUUUAAAGAAAAGUGAAAAAAAAAAAAACCACAGAGCCAUCUCCCGCAGACCAUACACCUAG